AUGUCGACUUUCAGUCCAAAUGCAGAUGGUCAAGUUGGGCAAGUCUUUGAACAAUUAAAAAGUUAUAUUGAUACACGAUUAAGCAAUCUCGAGAAUUCUUUACAAUCGGCGAACCAUGAUCAACUUGAAACGAACGACAUUCAAGCGUCGACUAGGAAAUUACAACGAGAGGCAGACGCCUUAAAGUUUAAGUAUAAGGCAAACGCCAAACAGUUUCUCUAUAAUGCUGAAGUCAAAGAUUUGGUUGUUUCCACGGUAGAACAUCUUGCGAAAGAAAAUCCUAAUCGCGACCAGGCGUUGGAAUACGCUAAAAAAGCUUUGGUAUUGAUACAUAAGCUCCAGAAGUUGAUUAAAUUGGCCGAUAAAAGUAAUGCGGGUUGGCUGGUCGUCGAGGAAUAUGAAAGUGACGUAUUGGCUGCUGAUUCGGAAGACGACAAGAAAAUCAGGAAGGCACAAGAUAAAGCUUCCAGGAAGAAAAAUCAAUUGCUGCAAACUAAGAAGAAGCGACAGCGAACGAACUCUUACGAGUUUCCCUAUGGCGCGGUGUGACGUCGCCAGCUUUUUCAAGGUAAUUGUGUGCAGGUCGCUUGCUUUCUUUGUAAUUUCAAAUAGGCUUGUUUGCUAAGACAAGCCUAGCCUAUAAUAACAAACUAGUUUGGUUAUUGUAUUGUGUACAGAGGAAUGGCGAAUUAAUAGGAAAAUGCUUUUCAUUCGGACGAAUAGCAUGAGGGAGAAU